UGUAGUAGCAACUGCAGAACUCGUGCUCGUGUUCCUCACUUCAUCGGUCACGUGCACCGCGAGGCCAUUAAUUUUUCAGUUUUCUUGUCCUGAAAACCAAAAAUCCAAGCCGAAGAAGAAAGAAAAGAUCGAUCAACUCAGAACAGUGGUGAUCGCAUCGCCAAAACCAGAAUCAUCAAUGGCCGUAGUUGCUUCUGCUCCUGGGAAGGUGUUGAUGACAGGGGGUUACCUCAUUCUGGAGCGACCCAAUGCAGGCCUUGUCCUCAGUACAAGUGCUCGCUUCUACGCCAUCAUCAAACCCUUCCAUCCUCAAAUCAAACCUGAUGCAUGGGCAUGGGGUUGGACAGAUGUCAAAUUAACCUCCCCUCAGCUCUCCAGAGAAGCCUUGUACAAACUAGCUCUCAAUAAUCUCACCAUCCAAAAUGUUUCCUCAUGUGAAUCAAGGAAUCCUUUUGUGGAAUAUGCAGUGCAGUAUUCUGUGGCUGCAGCAUAUGCGACGUUUGACCAGAGUAAAAAGGACUUGUUACACAAACUACUUUUACAAGGUCUUGACAUUACAAUCUUGGGUUCCAAUGAUUUUUAUUCAUACAGGAAUGAGAUUGAGAAACGUGGACUCCCUUUGACACCAGAAUCAUUGGCCACUCUUCCACCCUUUGCUUUCAUUUCCUUCAACACUGAUGAUGCUAUUGAAGGAAGUUGUAAGCCUGAAGUAGCUAAAACUGGUUUGGGCUCAUCUGCAGCAAUGACAACAGCUGUAGUUGCUGCUUUACUUCAUUACCUUGGUGUCGUAGAGCUUUCCUCUACGAAAGAUCACGGGAACAGAAAGGACAUUGCAGAUCUUGAUCUGGUGCAUAAAAUAGCUCAAACUGCACAUUGUGUUGCACAGGGGAAGGUAGGUAGUGGGUUUGAUGUUAGCUCAGCUGUGUAUGGCAGUCAUCGUUAUGUGCGGUUUUCACCAGAAGUGAUUUCUUCCGCUCAGGUUGCAGCUCAAGUAGUGCCCUUGCCAGAAGUUAUCACUGACAUUCUAAAAGGAAACUGGGACCAUGACAGGACCGAGUUCUCUUUACCACCUUUGAUGACUCUUUUAUUAGGAGAACCUGGAACUGGUGGAUCAUCCACACCAUCAAUGGUUGGUGCAGUCAAAAAAUGGCAAAAGUCUGACCCUCAGAAAUCCCUAGACACAUGGAGAAGAUUGUCAGAGGCGAAUUCAGCAUUGGAAUUGCAGCUCAACUUGUUAAGCAAAUUAGCAAAGGAGCAGUGGGAUGCAUACAAAUCUGUGAUUGACAGCUGCAGCAUACUCAGAUCAGAUAAGUGGAUAGAACAAGCUUCUGAACCUGUAAAGGAAGCAGUUAUUAAAGCACUGCUGGGUGCAAGAGAUGCCAUGCUGGGAAUUAGAUAUCAUAUGCGCCUGAUGGGCGAGGCUUCAGGGGUUCCAAUUGAACCUGAAACACAAACACAACUUCUGGAUGCUACAAUGAACUUGGAAGGAGUAUUAUUGGCUGGAGUUCCAGGGGCAGGAGGAUAUGAUGCAGUCUUUGCUGUUACUUUGGGAGAUUCGAGCAGCAAUGUGACUAAAGUAUGGGGCUCACUGAAUGUUCUUGCCAUGUUGGUUAAAGAAGACCCUUGUGGUGUUUCUUUAGAAAGUGCUGACCCAAGAACCAAUGAAAUCACAUCAGCAGUGUCUUCAAUUCAUAUUGAAUAGGCUCAUCUCCAUCAAUUACAUAUUGUAAUCUGUGGAAUAUAGCUUCUAGACUAGGAAUUUGUUUCUUUCCAGUUUGCAGUAAAAAAAAGGAAGGGUUGAUUGAAAAUAAACAUUAUGUGUAUUAGUCUUUUGUGAAGCCGAUUGUGCUGCCUGGGUUUCUAAACGAGCAGCAAAUUCUUUUAAUCUUCUACUUCCUAGAAUAAAACGAUUGUUAUCACUUAUCAUCAAAA